AUGGCUCAUGAUUUAGUGUCCCCAAAUUCCACCCCCAAAAAAUCCAGAAAUGGACUCAAAACCCACAACAGAGACAAGAAAAACCCCUACUCCGACCGCGGCCUCGACAAAUUCUCUGCCCUUUUAACCGAUCUCGAACAGAAAAGGAAGAAAAUUUACUCUCAAACCGACCCAGAAAACAUCGUUAUGCUCCGUUUUGCUUACAAGAAUUCAAAGGAGUGCGUCCCUGUGGUGGUGAAACAGAAGGACAAGAAAGAAGACAAGCAUACGACUGAUUCAGAAGCCAUGGCGACGAGGCCUCAACAGAACACACGACCGACAACCCACAAGCACUCUGACAAGAAGAGCUCCCUACGAGUGAGAAACUUGAGGAGAUUGAGCAAACCAUCUUAUUAUAUUACAGCCAUGGUGAUCUUGAUUCUGUUUCUGCUGAGUGUUUUUGGGAGAUCGGUGACCAUUAUGUGCACUUGUAUUGUUUGGUAUUUGAUCCCUGUUUUGAAACAGAGUUCCUCAAAGUACCGACCCACAACAAGGCGAAAGGAAAACGUAAGAAUUUCGAUUCCAAAUAAAAUGGAACACCCAGAUGGAAUCUCUGCUGUUUCUUCUCCAAUUCGAGCUCAUCGCAAAAGCUGGUAA